AUGGUGGAGCUCGACAAUGUGAGCCGCAGCUUCCACUGCCCAAACGAGGCUGCUUGCCCUGGCGGCAACGUGUCGCAGGGAAGGGUGCAAAGAGCAAUGUGCGCUACCGGCUACCAAGGGCAGGGUUGUGCGACCUGCAGCGACCGCUACGCCGUUGCAGACAGGAGCGUGCUUUCCUGCAAAGCCUGCAGCGAAGUUCGCCGGAAUCAGGUGAUCCAGUGGAUCCUCUUCCUGGCGCAGCGCACCGUCCUCUUCGGAAUCGGGGCUUUCAGCGCGCUCUUGGCCAAGAAAGCUGGUGAUUUGAAGAACAGCAGCAUCUACCUGAACCAGCUGAUGGCUUUCGCCACCAUCUCCAACAC